AUGCCUAGAGUGAGGUACAGAAGUAGGUAUAAUCGUCUUCAAGAUGAUGACUGCAUCAAACACACUGAAAAAAGAUCGAAGAGUGGUUGCCUUACUUGUCGCAAAAGGAAAAAGAAGUGUGAUGAACUAAAGCCACGAUGCUCGGGAUGUACGAGAAACAUAUUACAAUGUGUUUGGCCCGAACAUAUCAAUUCUCACACUCCCGCGACUACUGAGGGAAGCAACAUCUUCAUCCAUGUAUCUGCAGAUGAAAUCGGAAAGGAAUACAGCCACAACACAACCUUCAAAACUCUACGUUCUAAGUUUACUCAGUGGGAUAAUAUGAUAAACUUAUCCCGAUUUUCAGACGGGACCCUUUGCCAGUUGUUUGACCAUGACUGCAAACCUUUAAAGCAGUUUCCAAGUUGUGAGCAGCUCGAACGCGAACAUUUGGAAAGACAAAAACAAAUCACUAUUAUAAAUAAUAGUUUGAAGUCUGAUCUCAUGAACAUUAUGGAUACUGGUUUUGAUUUUUCAAAGCCACCAGAAAAACGAUUAAGCGUCAAUGGGUCUCGUCCUGAAGCUACCGCAGAACAUCCAACGAAGGAAACAAAGCAUUGGAAUUACGAGAGUUGUGCGAUCUCGAAAGAAUUGCGUCAUUGUGAGGAGGGCGUAAAUCGUGUUUAUGAAGAAGUUGAGCGUCCUGAAAAGGGAGAUGAUGAGCUGUUUCACAACCCAGUCGAUCUCUUAAACGAUGAUAAAUGGAAGACUUUCCUGGACCUUCAAUUAGAACCUUAUCACAUCUUAAAAGAGUCUUCGGCCGAACUUUCGAUCUUCACUCGCAGAAGUACACCAACACCAAGCAUCAAUAAUAAUAAGACACCGAAAUUGCCAUCUACAACUAGAGAUAGGGGAACGGAGUCGAUUGAUUUAGUGGAACAUGAAAUAUGUGCAUCACUUGACACCUCCGUAGGUCACUCAAAUUACGCAUUUCUUCAUGAUGAAAAUAAUAUUGGUACUAUACGUUAUCGCAAUGUUUUCGCGCAUUGUGACAAAGGAGAUUUUACAGAUAUCGAGGAUGUUGCAAGUGAUGAAGCAUUCUUGCUUUAUGCCUGCGUUCAUAGAUUUAUUCCCAAUCUCGGACCACAAGAUACCCACCCCAUGCUUACUACCAAUGCAACAUUUAUCCCACAGGUCGAAAAUAACCUUAUUAUGAAAGAGAUUUUCCUUUGCUGUGGUGCAGCAUAUUUGGAAUGGUAUGAUAGAGCAAGAUUUUCAAGGUUAUCUGAUUAUCUUUAUGAAAGCUCCGAGGCUCUGAUUAAGAAAUACUUGAGUGAGAAUGGCAUGCAAGGUGUUGAACUUUGGCUUCUGGCCUCCUUUCAACUUUUGUGUCUGAGAAACAAACACACAUUUUCUGGCUCAGUGGAUAAGUGCGUGAAUUGCUUGUCUAACUCUUAUUUGAUGAUCAAAAAUACCUAUUAUGUAAACAAAAGUGGUUCAGAUGCUGAUUGUGCAAAAACGGAAAAGAAUAUUGUACUUCCAGGGCUACAGAAUCUGACAUACGAAAUUGAGAAUGACUUUAUGGGUGACUCGAAACUGAACAAAUUAAAGGAUGAGUUAGUUCUUCAACCACAUGAACGGAUGUACAUUGAAAGUUUUAUAUAUAACUAUUCUGUCGCUAUUCUUUUCGCCACAGACAUCUCGAGACUUCCAAAUCCUUUUUCAGUUUUUAAAGAGUUGAGUCAUGUUCUCAAAUGCCCAAUUUACCACUGUCAGUUUGAGUGGAUGAACAAUCCGGUCCUCGGCUCAGCAUUAGAUGCUUUUGAAAUAUUGGCCAAAGCUUCUUUCAUUGCUAGGCUACCCAUGCCGCUUGAUCACGGAUCUGUAUGGUACCAGAAAGCACAACAACUUCAGACCAUGUGUAAUUUUUACACGAGCCCGGUUUUACCCCCGCAACUUAAGGCGUAUGAUAGCAAACGAUAUGAGAGUGCAAAAUUGAGCUCUUUAGUUGGUAAAAUUGUGACGAAAUCGUGUUUCCUACUUGUGUCUAAAGCGCUGCAUUACGAGAGUUUUGAUGUCAGGGAUGUUUCUAUUCAAAAGAAUAUAAGAGAUGUUUUUGGAGCAUUUUCUGAGAUUCCUCGGGAAAACAGAAUAUGGGGCAUUUUGGCAUGGUCUCUAGUCAUUAUGGGCUCUUUUGCUACGACUUUCAGGGAUCGUGAUGCAGUGCUAAGAUAUUUGCUCAAUAUCGGGGAAAGGUUUCAUUUACAAAGUACAAUAAAGAUUCGAUGUUUUCUGGAAAAACUAUGGCAGCAGCCAGAGGAGUUGCGAUUGAACUUUCUCUUCAAUAGAGUUGAGCUUUCUAAGGUAGUUGUCUAG